AUGUCGGGGAAAAUGACAUUGUACAAGUUGGUGGUGCUAGGAGAUGGAGGUGUGGGCAAGACGGCCCUGACAAUCCAGCUAUGUCUUAACCACUUCGUCGAGACCUACGAUCCUACCAUCGAAGACUCCUACCGCAAACAAGUCGUCAUCGAUCAACAGUCAUGCAUGCUCGAGGUGCUGGACACGGCGGGCCAGGAAGAAUACACGGCACUCCGCGACCAGUGGAUUCGAGAUGGUGAGGGCUUUGUCCUAGUCUACAGCAUCACGUCGCGCGCCUCCUUCUCGCGCAUCACCAAGUUUUACAACCAAAUCAAGAUGGUCAAGGAGUCUGCCAGCUCCGGAUCUCCCUCCGGCCCUAGCUAUCUAGGCUCACCUAUGAGCCACACAUCCGGUGGCCCGCCCUUGCCCGUGCCCGUCAUGCUGGUCGGUAAUAAGAGCGACAAGGCCGUGGAGCGCGCCGUUUCCGCACAGGAGGGCCAGGCCCUGGCUAAGGAAUUGGGCUGCGACUUUGUCGAGGCCUCUGCUAAGAACUGCAUCAACGUUGAGAAGGCUUUCUACGACGUCGUCCGCAUGCUGCGCCAACAGCGCCAAAACACACAGAAUGCCAAGGGCCGCGGUGGCGGUGCCCAGGGCUUCUCGGGUCACCGAGAUCGCGAUGCUGGCCCCGAAUAUCCCAAGUCUUUCCGUCCCGAUCGGCGACAUCGCAGUCGCCUCAAUUGUGUUCUUUUGUGA